AUGCCCGACACCACGCUGCGCCACGAAUUCAAAGCCUGUGCGAUUCUACUAGGCCUAGACCAACCCCCGACCAAGCUCCGUUCGCCUUCGUCAGCAACCUCAUCGAGCAAGAACAGGCAGGAGCAGCUUAAUGAGUUGUUGCAGCGCAGGUUGGACGGGUAUCAUGCUCUGAUAGCUAGGGGGGAGGAGACUCGGGAGUCGUUGGAUCAAAUCAGUCGUCAAGACGAGUUGGAACGCGAGACCGCACGAGCGGCUCUAAGGAGUCUCGCCAACGUCAAUGAACUGCUUCAAGAAACGACUUCGCGCAAGGAGACCGCUCCACCUCCUACCCCGGCGAAAGGACGCGGUGAAGUCAUGCCACCACCGCCACCCAAGUUAAGCGUCAAGGACAACCAAGUCGUCUCUCAACUUGCCGGUAUCGUCGCAAGAUGGGGGAUCGCAAGAUCCGUCGCCGCAGGAAUCUUGCCAACUUCUUUGAUGACGACUCGGCAAUCCCCUACUGCACCCAACAAAGGCAAGAUCGUCGAGAUCCUCGAGGAGGAAACAAUACCUGAUGGUCAGGGACGACUGGAGCAUUUCGUACACGGCGUGUUGGAGCUCAUUGGGCCCCGAGCGGAUGGGGAGAUGAAGCAGCUCAUCAUCCCUCAGGUGUUACUACCUUUGAUUGGUGGGUUGGUGCAGCUCUCAAAGUCGACGACAAAGCAUGUGGAUAAACCCCCUAGGUCGGAGUAUCAGAACCAAUUGGACGCACUACUUGGCAGGUAAGACUGUUUUCUCUCCAAAGAAAUGAGUCGACGGAGAAAACUGGAAGCUCAUCGCCCGCUUUCUCCUCCCCAGUCGUCCACCCACCGUCAUCAUCCCAAACCUACUCGCCAUACUGUCCACAUUCUCAACAGAAAACGACUGGAUCAAACCGACGAUCGCCAACUUGCUCUCGCGACAACUCUUGCGCACGGGAGGCGUUCGAUCCUUGUUAGUCGUCGUUGUCGGGGUGGGAUCUGCAGCGGGCUCGGCGGAUCACGUCGAUACGAGAAAGAUGGAUUUGGUGAUGAGAUUGUUGAGGGCUCGGUCGGGGGAUGUUGAAGAUGAGGUAGGCUGGAAAGCACGGGUCAUUUUCACGGCUAUUCGCUAACCGAUUCCCCUUACGCUUCGAAGGACUAUUACUCCUCAACACUACACCAGCUCUUUGACAUCCUUGACUCGGCUAUCCAAUCUUCUCUGGACCCAUCAUCAUCCAAAACCCCGCCACCUCCGGCCACGAUCCUGCGAAUCACCGUCUACGUCCUCUCCCAUUUCAUCAUCACCCCGCCCCAUCCUUCUUGCGCCCUCUUCACCUCCAAGAAACUUUACGCGGCUUGUCUGCCUUUUGAUUAUUCGUGCGCCUCGCCGUCCUCUGUAGUCACGGAGGAUGACGUCAACCCACCCGCCGUCACUCCGUUCGAGCUACUAUCGUGCCUCACUCGACUUUCAUGGAUCACCCUCUACGCGCCCCCUUCCUAUUCAUCAUUCUUGGUCAACCUUCUCUCGCCGAUCCUUGCAACGCUCUUGAGUCUCUACACUUCCCUCAACCCAUCCCUCGAAUCGACCCAUCCUUCUUUGGGUGCUGCUGAUCCGCGCUUCGACGAGGAGACUAAAGCGUUGUUACAAGUGUGGAACAAAUCGAUCGUAGGUUGUCAAACGGAGGGAAACGGGAUGGAAUUCAAAGGAGGGUUGGCCGAUGAGGGCGUCAAGAUCUUUUCGAGGGCGAUUGAGAGGAUGGAGAAAGGGGAGGUGUUCGGGUUUGAUAAUGGGGGAAGGGAAGCGCAGUUCGUCGUCGACCCCUCGGCCAAGGGGGGAAUAGCGAUUCGGGUGCUCGAGCCUUUGGAAGUGAAACAGCGGGAAGAGGAGGCGAACUUGGACUCGAUAGUGGAUGCUCAGAGUGUGGUAGGGUGGUUGAAGGAGUGUGGGAAUGGGGAGUUGAAUGGGGCGCUGCUGAUUAGGUGGUUGGACGAGUUGAGUGUGUUGGGGAGGGAGAAAGGAUUUGAAGGGGCCAAGAAGUGAGUCAUCUUACUUCCAAAUCGGCGUCGAGGAUGGACAUUGAAAGUUGACCUUGUGUGUUUUGUGGGUGCUUAGGAGCUUGACGAGGCUUCAGUUGGUACUACAAAUGGUGGAAGAGAUGGGUAGCGAGAUCUUGAAGAACCCGGAACAACUCGUUGGGUUCGUUGCACACGCCUUGGAGGACGAUGAGGACGAUGGGAAGGAAACGAAGGAUACCGGUGUCAAAACCGAGGAAGUCAACAAGGAGGAAAGUCCGAGUAUAUUCAAGCUCAAUCUCAUCGAUGACGACCCGAGCAAGGCUUCCGAAGAAGACAACGGCGAAGAACCCAUCAUCCCUGGUGUCGGAGCCGACGAGAUGCGUCUGACGGCCUUGACGCUCCUCCUCGCCCUAUUGGAAGCGAACGAAAGUAUCUCACCUUCUUCGAACGCGCUCAUGUCGACGAUCUACGAGAAGCUCGAUUCGAUCGCCGAGAAAUCCAAGUCGGAGUUGGUCCCUUCCUUGGCGAGAGAAGCCAAGCUCGUCCUUUCUGCUAGGGAAGCACUUCACGCGUCGACCACAGUUGGGGCAACGGAAUCCAAGGCGGCUCCUUACAGCGAAUCACGCAAGACGUACCAACUCGCUCUCCGCUACCUCCAAGAUCCUCUCCUACCCGUCAGAGCCCAAGGUCUCUCCCUCCUUCGGACGCUCGUCCAUUCAGGAGACGCGUUCCUCAAGACCGAUCCCGCGCUCGUCCCGGCAGUCUUGGACAUCUUUGUCCAGUCCCUUUCGGAAGAGGAUUCGUUCCUCUAUCUGAAUGCGAUCCAGGGGCUUUCGUCACUUGCUGAUGUGUAUGGAAAGCAGAUCGUACGAAGGUUGUUGAUGGUUUAUCGAGGAGGGUCGAGUGAAGGGAUCAAGGCUAUCCCCGAGGACGAAGGCGGACGGGCGGAAUUGGAUAAACGUUUGAGGAUGGCCGAGACGUUGACGCAAGUGAUCGAACGAGCGGGUCAAGCGCUAUCGAUUCUCGUGGCCGAUCUCGUGCCGACGUUGUUGGUGGUUUUGAGAGGACGGGACUUGCCGACGCCUUUGAGGAGCUCGGCAUUGACUGUUUUGGCGAGUUGUGUUGAAGUCGAGGUUAAGGCUGUCAAGGGAUGGGUUGGGGUGGUUGUGGAGGCGUGUUUGACGUUAUUGAGUAUCGAGUCGAGGCCUCUGAGGAAGAAGAGGCAGGUACAAGUCGAGGAGGAGGAUUCUAGUUCUGAUGACGAUGAGGAGGAAAGAACGGCGAGGCUACCGAACCCUUUCAAGACGGCCUCGGACAACGCGGACAAAAAUAAACGACCUGAAGAGACGCCCGAUCCCACCUCGAAGGACACGAACCAUCCGGCUUUCAGAAGGUCCGCGCUGUUGUUUUUGUCAUUGACGUUGAGGUCGAUCCAGAAGCUGAAGUAUGCAGCGAUAGAAGAGGGGCUGGAUGAGGAGGGCUAUGACGAGAAGAGGCCUUUCGGGAAAGGAGGAAUGAAGAUGCCCAAUUCUGGAACGGGUGGCAUCAAGAACCCCAUCAUCCUUUCGAAGGACGUCUUUGUUUCGGCAGAACAGGCCAAGAAGGAGGUGCGGAAUGAACUAGAAAACGAGUGGGAUGUCGAUUUAGGGAGGAUCAGGGUUGUUCUGGAGUACGUCAAGGGCACGGACGAGGAUGGAUUGGUGCGACAUCAGGCGGGGCAGGUCUUGGAAGAGGUCGAGGCGUUUUAUGUUUGA